AUGUCUUUUGGGCUCUGUAAUGCCCCUGCGGUCUUUCAAGACCUGAUUAAUGAUGUCUUCUGGGAUCUUCUGCAUGUAUGUGCAGUAGUAUACCUGGACGACAUUCUCAUAUAUUCCCCAGACCUCAAAACCCACCACAAACAUGUUAGGCUAGUACUAGAGAAACUGCUACAGAACGGCCUCUACUGCAAAUUGGAGAAAUGUCUCUUCGAUCAGACGUCUGUGCAGUUUUUGGGGUAUAUCAUUUCGGAAGAGGGAUUUAGUAUGGACCCCUCUAAAUUGGAGGCUAUUAAGUCUUGGCCACUCCCGCAAGGUCUCAAAGCCAUCCAACGGUUUGUGGGCUUUGCAAAUUACUAUAGAAAGUUCAUAAAGAACUUCUCCUCCAUUAUUGCCCCCAUCACCAAGAUGACCAAGAAGGGUACUAAUCCUCGGGUUUGGAGUCCAGAGGCUCUUAAGGCCUUUGAAAUGCUUGAGCAAGCGUUUACGACAGCUCCUGUCCUGCAUCAUCCUGAUCCAUCACUACCAUUUAUUGUUGAGUAG